AUGGCGGCACAGCAGAUUGUCGUCCGGAGCAGCCCAAAAUGGCAAUUUUUGAUGGCUUUGGGGCUUGACGGGCGCAACCGUAACCACCAAGCCCAGUAUUGGAUCAUGAAAAGUGAAGCGAUCCGAGUGUACGACGCCCAACUUAUGGGUAACCGUGGCGCCCUCAAGGCGCAGUACGCAAGGGAGCUUCCGCCCUUUUCAGCGAAUCAAUUCUCCGAAGAGGCAUUCAUCAACGCAGUGAACACCAUUGUGAAUAACGCAUGCUCCCAAACGCGAAGUCUAUACGACCAAGGAGCAGCCCAAGGGCAGCCGAAUUGGGUUGCACGAUGGGUUCUAUACCACGUCUGUCGCUAUCGCGAUGGCCGUAACAAGAAGGCCGCACGAUCCCAAAACUUCCAUGACGAUGACGAUGACAAUGAUGAUAUCGCGGUACGUUCACCACCACCACCACCACCACCAACACCAGGCCCAGUUGCCGGCAGUGGGAAGGGCAGAGGGCACACUCCGGUUUACGAUCCAGCUAGAAAUACGUACAGAUGA